AUGAAGCCCAAGGGCCCGCUGGCCGGAUGCAGCCUGGCGCCCUCGAGCAGCACGCGGAAAAGGACAGGGAGGCCCUGCCGCCUAACCAGCGUCCCGGGCCCCCGUCGUGCUCGGCCUUCCUCUGCCUCCUGUUGCUGGCCUCUGCUCCCCCUCUACCCAUACCCAUACCCGUACCCAUACCUGGCGGUACACUGUGUAGCAGCAACAGCUAUCGCAAGCCAUCUCUCAGCGCGCGUGUUGCCCAACCUACUUACUCACUCAUCUCGCCAUGACAAUCAAACAGAGCCAUCAAGCUAUCUUUGCGCAACACAUCAUGCCAUGACACGACAUGGCAUUGACGAGAUUGAUUCCGCAACCACCACCACCACCAUCAUCACUCCCUGCUGGCUGUCUGACGACGACGACGCCGCCGCCGGAACGCCGGCCUGGGGGCCAAGGAGGGGGCUGCUUCAAUCCCUCGCCCUUUUCUUCUUUAUCCUGCGAGAAGCCCUGAGACGCCAACAGGGAUCGACGCAAACACCCGACACUCAAGGAAUAGUCAAGACGUUGGUGGGAAGCGCAUUCAUCUUGGGAAAACAUGUUCCAAGCCGUUACCAAGAAACAAGUCUCGCUUUCCACCCGCCAUCCCGGCAGCGCUGCCUGUCCACCAUGCAUCGGCUGUGCUCGUGUCCUACUCAUGGUCCUACCGUGUGCCACCGCCUGUCCCACUCGACUUGAUGGUUGCUUUUCGAAUCGCCCGUCCGUCAUAUCCACCAUCCACUAUGAUUGAUGAUGAUGAUGAUGAUGAUGAUUGUUGCUAUCCAAAAGUCCGUGCAUCAGCAACACCGGGGUUGCGUGUUGCUGCUGCUGCUGCUGCGUGCUAAACGAGGCCCGCGGACGAAUCCCGACGAUCCUGCCUGCGCCCUACACUUUGUGAAUAGCCGUCGUAUGAAGUCAUGCCUGCUGUCCUGCGCACGGUCGAAGAAUACAACAAUCCUCCCUCCCUCUACCAUCUCUACCGUAUCUACUAUAGUAUCAUCCUUCCUUCUUCUUCUUCCCGCAGAGAUUUUCAGGAGACCCGCUCCUUUCCUGUUGAGUCACCGCUUGCGUCGCCUCGCUACCCAACCUCAUUGGAACGGGGCCUCACGGUCUGACCUCACCGCCGCACGGACUGUCGUUUACCCUUUCUCCAUUUCUUUUCUUUUCUUUUCCUCCAAAUUGUCCCAACUCCUUUUUCGCUGCCGAUCGACUGCUAGCACGUUUUCU